AUGCCAUUCAUCAUAUCAUCGAGCAUUGAGAAAACCGAUCCGGCCACUAGGAAGCUGAUUAGAAGCCAUGCAAGACGGGGGAAAACACGAAAAGGGAUUCGCCCUGCCGUAGAUCAACGAUCGACCACUAGGACGACAACAGUUAUUCGUGCUCGGUCAGAGCCGCUGAAACUAGAAGAAGUCGUCGAAGUUUAUGCCCCAUUAAUUCCUGGUCGGACUGGGUUAAACAUCUAUUUCGUCAAUUUCUCCGACGAUUUAGAGCCUUUGGCACUUUUUAAUAUGGAAAAAGUUACAACAGUAUCAAGGAAAGUCAUCUUCCCCUUACGAGCAGCAAUCAGCUUCGAAGGUGACGAUGAAGGAUGGCGCUCUCCAUUUGGACGAGAUGCCGUCGCCCUCCACGUAAUGGCAUUUGCUGUACAAGGUUUCAUCGACAGAGUCUUGCACCGUCAGGGUAAUCUUAACCCAGUAGCCAUACUGCACUUCCAGAAAGGACUAAGACUUCUUCGUGAAAGGCUUUUGGGGGACGAUGACGAAACGAAGAUUUCAGACUCGACAAUGAGUGUGGUCUUGAAACUAGCAAGCGUAGCACACUUCGACGGAGACUACGAGACCUCGAGGCAGCACAUGGAAGGUCUUCGUAAAAUGGUCGACUUAAGAGGAGGCCUCGACAUUUUCAAAGGAACACCGUUACUACUAGAGAUGCUAAGGUGUGACCUGGGGGUGGCAUUGCUUAAUGGGUCAUGCCCUGUAUUUUUCAUCCAACCUUCUGAGUCGAUGACAGAAUAUCCCGAGAAACUCCUGCCGGCUCCCGUUGAUGGGACACUAUCCCGGGACGAUAUGAAACUAGUUCGAAUCACCGAGGAUGAGCUAGCAACGGCUUGGAGGGUCUUGAGGAGAUUCUGCUUGUUCAUCGACCUCGGGACCCAAACUCGACGGACAAUCCGAUCAGAUAUCAUCUACGAAACAAUGACUGCGGUAACAUAUCGCCUACUCCACAUGCGCUUCUCCACCGGGUCGAUCGACGAAGCUGUACGGCAAGGCCUUUUGGUCUUUUGCUAUCAUAUCUUCUUGCAGUGGCAAGACAUUAAACCACCGUACUGUGAUUUGGCUGUCGCAUAUCAAUCCUGCAUUCUUAGCCUUGAGAAAUCUGAUGUAGUUUCGUCGCAUCUCAUGCUCUGGCUAUUGAUAAUCGGGGCUAUUUCAAUCUUCAAUAUAUCAGACGAGGUAUGGCUAAGGGAGCGCAUAGUAGAACAUGUGGGCAAAUGUCAGAUUAAAACGUGGAGAGAAAUGCAAGACAUACUGAAGUCGUUUAUGUGGAUUGCAGUGUUGGAUGAACAAUCGGGAAGACGUGUCUAUGAUUCUAUAUUCAAAUAA